AUGGCGGCUACAUCAACCGAUACGACGGUCCUUUCAGGACAGUCCGCAUCAUGGAUAAACGGGGUUGAAACUCCCGUACCGUGGACGUCGACAGUCCGUUUAUUGCACUUUGCACAUACUACUGAAACCCAACCCCUACUCCCAGGCGAGUACAUCACAUCUGUCGAGUCGUCCGUCAGUUCUGCCGCCCCCUCCAGUAGCGAUGCUGCCAGCUCCUCGACCAGUGCAAGUCCCUCGACCACGGCUAUACCGAGCACUAGCACCGACUCCAGCGCCAUCUCCAGCGCCUUUUCCAGCUCCAGCAAUCCCAAUCACUCAUCAACGAGUGUAUCGGCUCCUUCUAGCGACAAUGGCUCGUCGGGCCACUCCACAGGAGCACUCGCUGGAGCGGCCGUGGGAUGUGCUAUUGGCGGCAUCCUGAUCGGGCUUGUCGCCGCUUGGCUCCUCUUCCGUCGACGACGUAGAGGGCAAGACGACAUAAAGACUGUUCCCCACGACAAUCCUCGAGCAUUCGCGACCGUUGAGAAACCGUCUCCCACCGUUAGCGACGAUUCGACCCCGUUGAACCAUCUACUCCUCGACGCGACCCCCGACAGAGAGAUUGAGGCCGAACUACAAGCCUUGGGGCAUCUCAUCGAUCAACACGUCGAAAAGUACUAUCAUCUUGACCCGAUCACCGACGUGUCGACCUUGUCAGACCAUCUUGCCCCGCUCGGAGACUUCCCUCAUGGCACAGAAGCCAUCGCAGGAGUAUGCGCAAAGCCGAUGUCUCGCCAAACUGGUCUUCGGCACGUCAUCUCGCAAGUCAUUUUCAGGAGCCUUGACAUCUACUCCCGUGGCGCAUUCUCAAUGCUCCCGGCGCCUCUCAGCACUUUUCUGGACUCGAUCCCCUCUCACAACGCGACAGCUCAAUCGGCUGCCUUGUCCGAAUGGCGUCGUCUUUCAGCUUUCCUACUCCAUCCAAGCCCUUAUGAGCGAACGCCUCUGCCCAUUUCCAAAGCUGCUCUCAGUUCUCAGGCCCUGGCUUUGGCGACCCGCCUCAACGGCUUCCUCCACCACUUUGUCGGGACCAGCCACAGCGCCCAGACAGAUCACCUGCAGGCCGUCAUUGUCGAGUGCACGAAGCUCGGCUAUGUAAUCUUGUCACAGCCCCAGGAUUGGCGUUUCGUGUUUGAAAAGGGCAACUCGGUGGUUGUGUGCCCUGGGUUGGACAAGGGGGGAAGACGGGUAGUGGAACCCGAGGUCGGAGUUAUUGGUGCAUAA